CGCCCUCCUCAUCCCUGCUCUCGCACUCUUCUUCGUCCAUAGCGCUGCACGUCUGCCGGUGCCAUGCCGCGCCUCACGCGCCUCACGCAUGUCACCGCCUCGGCCCGCUCCGCCCGCCUGCGCUCCCGCAGCGGCGCAACGGACGAUGCUCAGGCACCCGCACCCUCUACGAGCCAGCUGCCAGCCGCAGAGCCUGCAUCCGAGAGCGCCUCGAGCAGCGCUGUGAGCAACACGCUGGAGAGCGCACUCGAUCUCUGCUCGCCCGAGCCCGAGCCGCCGGCCGUCGACCACGGCGACGAUCCGGGCGCCGCGCGCCGCAACCGCCUCGCCCAGAGCGCCGCGAGCGCCGUGCGGGCCAGCGGCGCAGCCUACGAGCGGCGCAGGCGCCAGCAGGCCAGUGCUGCGGGGCCCUCGGCAAGCAGUAGUGUGCCGCGAAUCAAGCCGGAUCCGGAAGUGAGCGAGGCCGCGGCCGAAACAGAGCCGAUGGCGGGAAGUCCAGACGAGGCUGCCGCGCCUCCUCUGUUUCGCGGCGAGACGCAGGAGCCAGGCGUGGCAGGAGAGCGCCCAUCAACUCCUCCCAGAGUCAAGGCAGAGCCUCUGCUCGAAGAUCCGAUAUCGCAAGAUGCCGCCCAGACAAGUAUGCCACCUCCGCGGACGCCUCCAGCCCGGCGACGCAGGGGCGGCACUCGCGCGCUCAGCUCGAGAGCGCCGACGGACGAUGCCUCUCUGCCUCCGGAGCCGCGAGGGGCGAGUGAGACGGCGCCGCCUGAGGAGGAACCAGAGAAGGAGAUCCGCGUGCGUGACUUCGAGUGGCCACCUCACUACAUCGAGCUUGAAAAGACGUUCAAGGCGCUCAAUACUGUGUAUGCCUUUUGUUCCUCGCGCAAGCACCUGGCUACCACGUACGACACCCUACGAGCAUCAGUAGAAGGCCUGUUGAAGCGCCCACUCGAGAUCUUUGACCUCGCACAGCUCAAAUCGCUCUGCCCAGACCUGAUUUCGCUCGGCUACGUCGAUAUGGAGGCGCUCUCUCUGCAUCUCGAGGGCCCAGUGCCGACCGGGCGGGAGUUUGGACGCUCUCGGGCUGCGGACCGGCAGGCUGUCGACGAGAUCUACGCCGCGACGGCGCGCGACAUCGCCGCUGACCAGGCAGCAGCGCUCGAGGAGACCCUCGACGAAGAGCAGGCACUGGCGGAGGGCGCCACGUCGGCAAAGAAUGGGAAGCGCAAGGAGCGCGAAGACUUCGUGUUGCUCUUCGAGUUCAAUGACGGCACGCUGCUUGGCGGGCCGAAAGCUACGCAGCGGGGCCGCUUUGGCAUGCGUCGCGGUCCCGCCCAGGGCCCACCGCGACAGAUGGCGAAGGAAGACCCGGCCAAGACGGCUCGCGGCAUGCGCAAGCUCAUCGAGAAGCGGCACUUCAAGUUCGAGCAGGCCGUGCUGGAGCUGCUCUGCGCAUGCUUGGCAAAGAAUGAGGACCCAGUGCAGCUGCUCAUCAGCGCAGCGCACGGCCACGUCCCAGUCGACCCCACCCACAGCGCCGGCGAUCAGACCCUCGGCGACACGCCGCGCAAGCGAAGGCUCCGCCUAGAGCAUCUCAUGGCGCAUCCCGAGGAGCGCUCCAGUAUCACAGACGUCAUCGAGGAGCUCAAGGGCACCAAGUGGUGGCGCGAUCAGAUCGUGCCCGGCGGCCAGCGCACCAUCCCCGCGCGCGAGGCGGUGCAUGAGGGGCUCACAUUUGCGCUUAGCCAGAGCAUCGUCAAUGCUCUCUGGGCAACGCGCCAGAUCGAAGAAUUCUAUUUGCAUCAGGCGGACGCGCUCAAUGCACUCGAGGAAGGGCACAACGUCAUCGUUUCAACGAGCACGUCGUCCGGCAAGAGUCUGAUCUACCAGAUUCCUGUGCUCCGCGCGCUGGAGGAAGACCCGAGCUCGACGGCCAUGUACAUCUUCCCCACCAAGGCACUCGCGCAGGACCAGCGGCGCACGCUGCAGGACCUGCUGUUCCAGUGCGAGGGGCUCGAGGAGACGAUCGUUGCCACGUACGACGGCGACACGGACAAGUCCCUGCGUGCCGACGUGCGCGAGCGCGCCAGCGUCAUCUUCACGAACCCAGACAUGCUGCACCAGAGCAUCCUACCGGCCGAGUCGCUGUGGCGACGCUUCCUGCGCAGCCUCAGGUUCGUUGUGGUGGACGAGCUGCACUGCUACAACGGCCUCUUUGGCGCACACGUCAGCUUCAUCAUGCGCCGGCUGCGCCGCAUCUGUGCCGCACUCGGCAACCGGCGCGUGCGCUUCGUCAGCUGCAGUGCCACCGUGGCCAAUCCGCGAGAGCAUAUGCAGACGCUCUUCGGCAUCGACGACGUCGAGGUCAUCACGCAGGACGGCUCGCCUGCCGGCGCAAAGGAGUGGCUCAUCUGGAACCCUCCGCUCAUCGACCCCGACGAUCCAGCGCAGGGCCGCAUCAGCACCUACGCCGAAGUCUCGCAGCUCUUCCGCCACCUGGUGCAGCGCGGCGUACGCACGAUCGUCUUCUGCAAGGUGCGCCGUACAUGCGAGAUUGUCAUGAACCAGAUCCGCAGCGACCUGCUGCUCGACGACCGCUCCGACGUGGCGCAGCGCGUCAUGUCCUACCGCAGCGGCUACUCGCCGCAGGACCGCCGCAAGAUCGAGACGGACAUGUUCAAGGGCUCGCUGCUCGGCAUCGUCGCCACGAGUGCACUUGAGCUGGGCAUCGACAUUGGCUCGCUCGACGCCGUCAUCAUGGUCGGCUUCCCGUACUCGGUGUCAAGCCUACGACAGCAGGCCGGCCGCGCCGGACGACGGCAGAAGGACAGCCUGGCUGUGCUCGUGGGCGACCCGUUCCCGCUCGAUCAGCACUACAUGCGCAACCCGGAGGAGGUCUUCUCGCAGCCCGAUGCGGCGCUCAGCGUGGAUCUCAUGAAUGACUUCGUGCGCGAGGGCCAUCUGCAGUGCGCUGCUGCCGAGAUCCCGGUGCAUCCCGAGGAAGAUGCGCCGUACUUCGGCGCCGACCUUGGCGUGCUGUGCAAGACGCGCCUCGAGUCGGACGGCGCGGGCUUCUAUACUGCGCGCAGCGAGCUCCUGCCGUUCCCGGCCAAGGAGGUGGCCAUACGCGGCGCACGACAGGAGACAUACAUCUACGUCGACGACUCGCCCGGCCGGCGCAACGGACCGCGCGUCAUGGAAGAGGUCGAGACGGACCGUGCCAUCUUCGAGGCGUUCGAGGGCGCCGUGUUCAUGCACCAGGGCCGCAGCUUCCUGUGCAAGGAGAUCAGCCACGACACACGCAUCGCCCGCAUGGUGCAGUCCGACGUCAACUACCACACCCGGCCGCGCGACCACACCGACACGGACGCCGUCGAGACACACCGCAUCCGUGCGCUGCGUGGCUCGAGCUCGCGAGCCUACUAUGGCCAUGUCCGCAUUGAGACGCGCGUCUGGGGCUACUUCAAGGUGGACCGCCGCGCCAACAUCCUCGACUCGGUCUCGGUCGACUGUCCGCCGUUUGUGCGCGACACCAAGGGCCUGUGGCUCGAUGUGCCGCUGUGGAUCAUCGACGCCAUGACGGCCAAGACAAUCAACGCCGCAGCGGCCAUCCACGCGGCAGAGCACGCGCUGCUCAGCCUCACGCCCAUGUUCGUCGUCAGCCUCGCCGGCGACGUGCGCACCGAGUGCAAGGUCGCCGAGCGCGAGUAUGCGCGCAAAGCUACCACCCGCAAGCGACCUGCGCGUCUCAUCUUCUACGACACGCCGGGCCAGAACGGCGGCGUGUGCGCCAAGGCGUUCGAGCAUCUCGACGGGCUCAUCCGCAUCGCUGUUGCCGUCAUCGAGGGCUGCCAGUGCGUCGAGGGCUGCCCGUCAUGCGUCACGUCGCAGACCUGCGCACAUGCCAACGUCGUCACGUCCAAAGUCGGCGCGCUGGGCGUGCUGCGAGGCCUCAUCGGGCUGCAGCCUUUCGACGUGGACCUGCCACAGCAGAACGAGCCUGGCCACGCCGAGGGCAAUCUCGCCUCGGCACACGCCGUCGGCCACACCAUCUGCGAGGCCGUGCCCGUGCGCGCGGCGUCCGACGUGCAAGUCGAGCUCGUCGACGAGCAUCUGCCACCUAGCAUGCUCAACUCGCUGCAGCGCCUCAAGCAGGAGGCGCAGGACUCGCACCGCAGUGACCCGUCAGAACGACCCACGCCCGGCCGCUCGCGCAUCUACGAGGAGAGCGUGCCCCUCCCAUGAUCCGGCCUUGGUACCCCGUCUCUGCACUCCAUCUACCCCAUCUACCAUCCCUCGCAACCACGCUCAUACCCCUCUGCCCUGCCUGCGAGUCUUAGCAACGAGCGCAAGCGCCCGCAAUCUUUUGGACCAAGAUGUGGUUGUACAUGUUGCGCGGCGGAGGUCGCGGCCGCCGCGGCAUGGUGGCGGAUGGUGAGAGGCGUAGAGCGUGCCGCGUGUCGGCACGUCGGUGCAAAUGAUGGCCGGGAUCGAGCGUAGCAGAGGCGAAGAGAGGAGCGAGAAAGACGAGGCGAGCGCGAGUAAGGACGCAGACCACGCUUAGGCGUGGCCGGCACGGCGCUGCUCGGCAAUGACGUUCGUCAGGAACUCCAUCUUGCCCUUGGCACGGCGGAGUGUGCCGAGGCGCCGCUUGAUGAAC